AUGUUUCGUUUAUUUUCAUCAGGUGUUGAUGAUUUAGUUUUAGUUUCAAAUCCAAGUAAUGGUGAGGUAACAAGUCAAAUUGGUGCUAGAUUUGAUAGAGAAUUAAUUUAUACAAAUAUUGGUGAAGUAUUAAUUGCUGUUAACCCUUAUAAAGCAUUACCAAUUACUGGUCCUGAAUUUAUUAAAUUGUAUCAAAAUGCAUCAGGAUCAGAUGCUUCACCACAUAUUUAUGCAUUAGCAGAAAGAGCAUAUAGAAGAAUGGUUGAUGAAAAUGAAUCACAAUGUGUUAUUAUUUCAGGUGAAUCAGGUGCUGGUAAAACAGUCUCUGCAAAAUUAAUUUUACAAUAUGUUACAUCAGUAUCACCAAAUAAUAGUAGCGGUGGUGGCAUUGGUGGUAGCGGUGGUGGAAAUGGCGGAAUUCCACAAUAUGAUGGUGGUAGUGAUGACCGUCCUUCACCACCAAUGGGUAGAGGUAUGGGUAUGCCAGGUAUGGUUGGUAGAGGUGGUUUGCCAACUAGAGGGGGUGGUCCACCAUCAAGAGGUGGAGGUCCACCACCAACUAGAGGUAGAGGUGGUCCACCACCACCAAUUCCUCAAAAUAGAGGAGCACCACCACCAGUUUCAAAUGGAGGAGCACCACCACCAGUUGCAAGAGGUCCAGUUGCACCACCACCAACCAGAGGAGCACCACCAACAAGAGGGGGAGGUCCAGCAAAUAGAGGUGGUAGAGGUGGUGGUCCACCACCAGUUUCAACAUCAAGAGGUGGAGGUGGUUAUGGUGGUAGUAGUAAAACAGUUGAUGUUGAACAUAUUAAAAAGGUAAUUUUAGAUUCAAAUCCAUUAAUGGAAGCAAUUGGUAAUGCUAAAACAGUUAGAAAUGAUAAUUCAUCACGUUUUGGUAAAUAUUUAGAGAUUCAAUUCGAUGAUAAUAAUGCACCAGUUGGUGGAUUAAUUUCAACCUUUCUUUUAGAGAAAACAAGAGUAACAUUCCAACAAAAGAAUGAAAGAAAUUUCCAUAUUUUCUAUCAAAUGUUGGGUGGAUUAGAUCAAACCACUAAAUCUGAAUGGGGAUUAACUCAAGCCACCGAUUUCUAUUAUCUUGCCCAAAGUAAAUGUACAACCGUUGAGGAUGUUGAUGAUGGUAAAGAUUUUCAUGAAGUUAAAGCAGCAAUGGAGACCGUUGGAAUUUCAAGAGAUGAACAAACUGAAAUCUUUAGAAUUCUUGCUGCCAUUUUACAUGUUGGUAAUAUUCGUUUCCAAGGUGAAGCACCAGCUUCGGUCAUUGAUGAAACUCCAUUACAAUGGGCUGCUUCAUUGUUGGGUUGUGAUCCAACAUUCCUUUGUCAAUCAUUGAAUCAUAGACAAAUUCAAAGUGGUAGUGCAAGACACACUCAAUAUCAAGUACCACAAAAUCCUGAUCAAUCCGCUGGUCUUAGAGAUGCAUUGGCAAAAACCCUAUAUGAACGUAUUUUCGAUUUCAUUGUAGCUCGUGUUAACAAGGCAAUGUCUUUCAGUGGAAAUUGCAAGGUCAUUGGUGUUUUGGAUAUCUAUGGUUUCGAAGUAUUUGAACGUAACUCUUUUGAACAAUUUUGUAUCAAUUAUGUCAAUGAACGUCUUCAACAGAUCUUUAUUGAUCUUACAGUUCGUGGUGAACAACGUGAGUAUCAUGAAGAGGGUAUGAAAUGGAAGGAUAUCAGUUUCUUUGAUAAUAAAAUUGUAGUAGAUCUUAUCGAUGGAAAUAAACCACCUGGUAUCAUGAGAGUUUUAGAUGACGUUUGUAAAACGGUUCAUGCUGUCGAUAGUGCCGCUGCAGAUAUUAAAUUCAUGGAGAAAUUAAUUCACUCCAUUCAAAGUCAUCCCCAUUUAGUCAUUUCAAAUACUGGUUCCUCUGCUGAUGAAUUCACAAUCAAACAUUAUGCCGGUGAAGUAUCUUAUUCAAUAGAAGAGUUUUGUUUCAAAAAUAAUGAUAACCUUUACGCUUCAAUCGUUGGUUGUCUUCAAAAUUCAACCUAUCAAUUCAUCGUAUCUUUGUUCCCUGAAAAUAUUCAAGAUAAUAAACAAGCUCCUACCACUUCAAGUUUCAAAAUUCGUCAAUCUUCAAGUUAUUUAGUAACUCGUUUAUCCGCUUGUACUCCACAUUACAUUAGAUGUAUUAAACCAAAUGAUAAAAAACAACCAAUGAAUUUCGUCUCGUCAAGAGUUGAACAUCAAGUUAAAUAUUUAGGUAUUUUAGAAAAUAUUAAAGUUAAAAGAUCUGGUUACGCUUAUAGACAAUUAAAAGAUAUCUUUUUAAAUAGAUUUGGUAAAAUUAUGGAUGUUCAACCAAGAAAUGUUCAAGAAUUUGUUGAAUAUAUAACUAGAACUCAUAAAGAUAUUAAUGCUGAUGAAUUUGAAGAAGGAAAAACAAAAAUCUUUGUAAAAAAUCCAGAAACAAUCUUUGUAAUGGAAGAUUUAUUAAUGCAAAAGAUUGAUCCAAUUGGUUACAAGAAUAGAGUACAAGCAUACAAAGAAAAUGAAAAAUUGGCUCAAAUGAAACAAGGUAAACACUCAAUGAAACAAAAAUGUCUUAUUCAAUAA